AUGAGCACUCAUAUUAACUAUACUAUGGCUACAUUGACAUUGGCUGGAGGCAUCAUUGGUUAUGCAAAGGCAAAGUCAAUCCCAAGUCUUGUCGCUGGUACAUCAUUUGCACUUCUCUACACUGCAUCUGGUGUUCUCAUUGAGAAGAAUCCUCAGAUGGGUCAUGGAAUGACUGCAGUUAUAUCAUUGAUCUUGGCAUCGACCAUGGGUAAGAGAGCGAUCAAGACAGGAAAGAUCAUGCCUGGUGGUCUUGUUGCUGGUGCUGCAGCUGCAACUACAAUCUACAGUGCUAAGAAGUACUAUGAUUGGACUUAUGGUGUC